GUGCGCUUCUUGCGAGGUUUGUCUGCUGAACUUAGGGGAACAUCGCCAAUAUGUUUAGUUUAGUCCGCGGAAGCUGGUGUUGAAGGCUUACUUUAACAGUUUUAGAUUACGCACGAACUCGGCGCUUGUGUGCAGUACAGUAAGAUCUUUUCCAUAGCUCGCGCACGAAGCCACCUGAUGGACGUACCAGCGACUGAAGUGAAAAUAAGGUAUAAAGGCUUUUCGAAGAGACCCAGUGAGAUGCAUCACAUGAGAUGAGCUGAACUAGCAGAUCCACCCACAAUCUCAUCUAACAGGAUUCGAGCCGCCGCUAAGCCCAUUUUCAGAGGAUGGUGUGAGCAUCUCUCAUCAUCGCUCACAUGCAGUGCGUUUGCUGUACAUGCAGCCCAAGAAUAAUGGAAGACGAGGAAGUUUCUUACAGUUGCAUGCCCGCCACCGUUAAAUGUAAGAUGUGGAGACUUUAUUACCAGUCCCGUCCAGCAGUAGUCACAUAAUGGCAUGUAGAGGCGCGUGCUGCUGUGGUCCUGUGAAUGAAGAUAAUGCGAGGUUCAUAAUGUUGCUGCUCCUCAUCAUCCUCUACCUCCUGUGCGGAGCCGCGGUCUUUUCAGCCCUGGAGCAUCCCAAGGAGAAGCAGGCGAAGGAAAAGUGGGCUCAGAGGUUUGAGCUUUUCAGCCAAAAGUACAAUCUCAACAGAAGUGAUCUGGAGAAGUUCUUGAGACAUUACGAAGAGGCGAACAUGGCAGGAAUACGGGUGGACACCCUCAGACCACGCUGGGAUUUUACUGGAGCCUUUUACUUUGUCGGCACUGUCGUUUCCACCAUCGGGUUUGGAAUGACCACGCCGGCCACAGCCGGUGGCAAAAUCUUCCUGAUCUUUUAUGGCCUCAUUGGCUGUGCAGCCACCAUUUUAUUUUUCAAUCUCUUUUUGGAGAGAAUAAUAACAGUGCUGGCUUUUGUUCUCAAAUCCUGCCAUGAAGUCCAACGGCGACGCAAAGGAGUUUUACCUCACAACAGCAGACACGAUUCGAGCGACGCGAGGCUGAAUCGUGAAGACAGUCUGGCAGGAUGGAAGCCCUCAGUGUAUUGCGUGAUGUUGAUCCUUUGCGUGGCAGCAAUAAUCAUUUCUUGUUGCGCUUCGGCCAUGUACUCCUCAAUCGAGGGAUGGGGAUACCUGGAUUCGCUCUACUUCUGCUUUGUGGCAUUCAGCACCAUUGGUUUUGGGGAUAUGGUCAGCAGCCAGCGGGCCAGUUACGAAAACCAAAUAGUCUACCGAAUCGGCAAUUUCUUCUUUAUUUUAAUGGGCGUUUGCUGCAUUUACUCGCUGUUCAACGUCAUCUCUAUUGUUAUCAAGCAGGUGCUCAACUGGCUUCUGAGAAAGCUGGAGAUACCGUGCCGUCACUGCCCCGGGAGGUCUCUCCGGCCCCGUAGAAACGCAGUCAUGCCGGCCCAUGUCCGAACGCGUGUUCGCAACAUUUCCAUAGACACAGAUGCAGUGAACGACAGCGAGACGGAUGGACGCAGGAUGUCUGGAGAGAUGAUCUCCAUGAGAGACUUCCUGGCGGCUAAUAAGGUCAACUUGGCGAUCAUGCAGAAGCAACUCUCUGAGACUGCCAACGGCCAUCCCAGGCCGUGCGGGUCGACGAAUAGGCACAAUGGAUUCUCUGGUGGGGUCGGAGCCCUCGGCAUAAUGAAUAAUAGGCUUGCGGAAACCAGUGUGGACAGAUAAAUAUUACCUUCAGAAACAAAACAACACUCCGAAAAGCCAGAUUGCACUGCUCAUAGUUUAGCUAGCAUUACUUUUAUAAUACAGGUGUAGACUCGCACAUGAAGUCUCUUGUGUGUUCUGAAUGCUGUAGUUGAAAUAUUCAUUGCUGCUAUGAAGGUAAAAAGAACGUAGAACUCAAGCUCAGGUCUGUUUCUAAGAUCUAAGAUGUGCUGGGAGAGGCUUUGCUGCACAGAGUUUCGACUCAAAUUUUCUUAUGAUUGCAGGGUUUUUUUUUUUUUUUGAUUGGAGGAUGUUGCAAUCAGGUUUAGCACUUUGAAUAGCAAAAAAAGAACGGAUGGGAUCUGCAGUAGGGUGUCCAAUGUCUGAGACCACUAGUGUGAAUGUACAUGUUAUAUUUAUAUUACGAACAUAAUUCACAUGAAAUGUAAACUGAAAAAUUAACUCGUUUUGAAUUUCAUAAAUAUUCAUCGAAAAAUACUCGGCUUGUCUUUCUUUGGCCAUAAACUGCAGCCGAACUCAAAAUUUGGAUCCAAUAUUUCAAAGAGCAUCUUAUGAACUUUUGACUUUCAGAGUUACAUGAGAAUUGUCCAAUUUGUAUAUUGGACCUAGAAAUUGUUAAGAAUCAUAUGUAUUUAAUUAUUUAAUUAUUUAAUGUAAUCAUUCAGCAAGGAUGCAUUAACUUUACAGUUAAAAAAGAUUCUGAACUUACAAAAUAAACUUUAUUUCAAUUAAAUAAUGCUCUUUUGAAUUUCCAAUCCAUCUUUAAAAAAAAUGUGUGAUAGUUUUCACAAAAAUAUCAUCGAUUAGAAAUGU